GUAGUGAUGGUCAGAGGCGGAGUUGCAGAGCGCCUGCGUGUGCACUUCGCCGUCGCAUGUGCGUUCUAGAAACAACACAAUUAUUGACGCGAAUAUGCAUAUGCAAUUUGCACUCUCUCUCUAUGUGUGCACCCUGCCUGCGGUCAACGCUGCUAAACACGCCGCUAUCCUGACACCAGACUUGCCACACACUUUUCUGGCUACCCACCGCUUCACACCAUUUUCAUCUCCUUUUCGCGCCAUAGCACUCCGUCGCGGAUUGCGGAGGCCUAUUAAAGCACGAGACCUCAGCCUUGUUGUGAGAUCGAUGUUAUCCUCACGCACACCCAUCCACUCCCCGCUUGCCGUUUCAUCUCACGCCGCCGGUCCCCUCUCACCACAGCCCAGCUCGCAAGAUCGCGUCAGGCGAAGUCGACAUGAGUCGGAUGCCCUACGUGCUCAGCCCUGCAACUGCACGCCUCGCUGGUCGGACACCUCGCCCGAAUCCGAUUCUCCUCGCGUCGACGCCGCGGAACAGGGUGUCGUCGCCGAUGCGACCUGCGCGCGCUGUUUCGUUUGAAGCUCUCCGUGGGCAUUCUCAGUGCAACACAGUCCUCCCGACACGCCGCCGCUGGCUCACAUUGUGGAUCGACGACGGCCUGUCUGACUUUGCUAUGUAGCCGAUCACACGACGAUAUUUGCCUACGCUCUUCAAAUUUGCAUCUCGAGACAGCGCGACUUUGGAUACCACCGCUAGAUACACGAUGUUGUACCCGAUAGGACUUACACGACGCUGUCAGAGGGCUCGUCAUCGUUCCAUG